AUGCAAGGGGGUGGCCAUAGUCCACUGUCGCGUUGGCAGGGCUUGGCGGCUGAUCAAGUACUUGAAUACGAUGUUGUAACUGCCAAUGGACAGCGUCAAACGGUAAGCCCAUGCCAAAAUGGCGACUUAUUCUGGGCAUUAAGCGGUGGAGGUGGUGGUACUUAUGCUAUUGCACUUUCUGCAGUUAUACGAACUUUUCCAUCGCCAUCUAUUGUCGCUGUUAUGUAUGAUAUCAAUGCGACAAAUGAGAUUCGUUAUGCAACUCUGAUUCAAAGUUUUAUUCGAUUAUUACCAAUAGUAGCCGACGCUGGAUGGUCUGGUUAUUUCAAUAUGGCAGGUAUGAAACUAAGUGGUGUUUUUCACGUACCUAAUGGAGAUUUGGCUGCAGUCAAUACUACACUGAAUCAAUUUGCAGCCAACAACAGUGAUUUGAACUUUGGAGCCACUAAACUUUUUGAGGUCCCAUUAUUUUACUAUUACUUUGCGUUUGUAUUAGAACCAAGUAAUCCGACUGGCUUUAAUGUUUUACUUAGCUCACGACUUAUUCCCGAAAGUAUUAUUCGUAAUGAACCGGAUAAAGUUGCAGAAGCAUUUGUUCAAGUGAAAGGUCAAAGUGCAACUGGAUCAUCUCUACUUGGACAUUUAGUAGCCGGCGGAAAAGUAUCCAAUAUAUCAAAUUUUAAUAAUAGUGUCAAUCCAGGAUGGCGUACUUCUCUUCUUCAUAUGGUCAAUUCUCAGGCUUGGCCAGAUGGUACAUCGGAGACUGAUCAAAAAUAUCUAGCUCAACAAGUCUCAAAUCGAGCAGAAAUUUUAAAUAGAUUAUCGAUUAAUUCGCAGGGAACUUGUUACUUAAAUGAAGCUGAUCCAAAUGAAAUCGAUUGGCAAGUUAAGUUUUUUGGCACACGAGCCAUUUACGAUCGACUCAAAUUAAUCAAACAAAACGUUGAUCCAGAUGGAUUGUUUGUUUGUCCAAAUUGUGUAGGCAGUGAUGAUUGGACAUCGGAUCUCAAUUGUCCGAAGACAUCGAAUUCCAGAAAACUUAAUUUAACAAUAUUUCUCUUACUGAUGGAAAUUCUUGUAAUAUUAUCAUAA